AUUGGAGUCGCUAUGGGGACCAGGAUUGUUUUUAUUCCUUCUCCCGGAUGUUUGAGGGGAAGGGGGCAACUGAGGCAGCAAGGAGAAGAGGAGAAAAGACAGAAAACUUUGUGAAGGAUGUGGAGAAAAGGUGCUGUGCAGCCUGUGAGGCUGCAGCAGGUGGAGGUUGUAGGACUUCUCACAGAACCCUCCUUUCACAUGGCAGCAUACGCAGCUGAGGGCCUGAGGAAAAGUUUUCCAAACAAGAUAGCAGAGCCAAAAGUGCUUCCUUUGCUGCAGUUUGCAUGGGAUGAAUAUUUACAGGAGAAGAAAAGGGAGUUAAAAGGGGAAACAUGGGAAUAUCCUUCCAACGUGAUGUGCUUUAUUGAUGGCCAGCUUGUUGGAGAUGAAAAACAGCUAUUACAGUGGGCCUAUGAGGUUUGGGAUUAUGAUGACUUCAAGCCUGUUGCACUUUAUGAAGCAAUUACACAGGAUUUCCUCACUAAAUACAUGAGAAACAAGAAGCAUGUGUUUGUGUACUUUGAAAUAUCUAUUCAGGCAGAGCCUAAAGGAAAAUUGCUAUUUGAGCUCUAUUCUGAUAUCUGCCCCAGGACAUGUAAAAACUUCCAGUAUUUGUGUUCAGGGGAGAAAAAGAAGUCUAUGUCUGGGCUUCCACUCACUUACCGUGAUUCUAUCUUUCACCGACUUGUAAAAAAUGGCUGGCUACAAGGAGGAGACAUAAGGGGAGGAAGAGGGACUGGAGGCGAGUCAAUUUAUGGACCUUUUUUUGAAGAUGAAAGUUUUGCAGUUCUCCAUGACAAGAGAGGUGUUCUUGGAAUGGCCAACAAAGGACGCCACAGCAAUGCAUCUCAGUUCUACAUCACACUACAGCCAGCACCCUACUUGAAUGAGAAAUAUGUGGCUUUUGGACAGGUGAUCGAGGGCUCAGAAGUUCUCCGAGAACUGGAAGCAGUGGAAACAUUCAAUGAGAGGCCAGUUGUAGAAUGUAAAAUUGUUAACUGUGGAGUAUUUCAGCCAUAGCCAUGGAUGUUAGAUAUAUUUUGUUUUACUGUAAUGCAUGACAGUGUUGUUUUCUGAACAUUGGAUUUACUUCUGUUAAUUUUUUUUGAGGGGGUUAAAUAUAUUUUCACUUUGAAA